ACUCAUGUGGAGACCAGAACUCUCUGAUGGAGGAGUCAGCAGAACAGGCUCAGCACAGGGAAGAGAUGCUGCGCAUGUACCACGAUCUGAAAGAGGCCCUCAACAUUAUCGGGGACAUCAGCACCACCACCGUCUCCACUGCCAUGCCCGGUGGAUGACUCCUGGCUGCAGGUACAAGGAGGACCUUCAGGGCGCAGUCCCACUCCCCAGCGUCGGGCCCCACCUGGGCCCCCUCGUCCAGGUGGACGCACCGCCCCCAGGACCCCCUACCGCUGGAGCACCUCCUGUGCCAUCCAGACCUGGAGCCUCUCCUGACCCCUUCAGGGGCCCCGGGCCCCAGGUCCCCUCUCGUCCCAACCGCGCCCCACCAGGUGUCCCCAGCCCUUCUGCCCUGCCCUGAUCCCUGGUCUUUAACACAAGAAAGACAGAUCAGUAGCACUCUUCCUGCUAUUUCUACUUCUCUCGCCUGUCACAAUCCAUUACUUUUUCUCAGCUCACACACUUCUACACACAGUCCAACUCAGAGACCUUCACUAACAAACCACUCACACAUUUUUUCAACUCUGCUGAUUUUCUUUCUCCAUCUCCUUGACAUGAAUCCAAGUGCAUAUUCAUUCAAAUGUUGUUUUAACUCAUUGAGUUCAUGUAUUGUUUGUAUGUAAUAUAUAGUAACAUCAGUGCAUCAGCUUUGUGAGAUAAUUUUCUCAUGUCGAUAUACAUGUUUGGGAGGAAAAUAUAAGAGAAUCAGACCAAUUAAACAGGACAAACCCUGGAGAUGAUAGGUUUUUGCUUCCUCCCAUUGCCUCUUUUCUGUCGCCCCAUGUUCUCCUCAAACUCAGUCCCACUAAAUCCCUUCCACAAUGAUUCCGGUUAUUCUUUCAGAAUUUCUAUCAGUGACCAAU